CACUAGUCACAUCGCAACCCACCGCAACAGUAUACACACGCACCUCAAGGGUUCUCCUUCGUCAUGCGCUGCUGGAUACCUGCCCUACUCUUCUUCUUCCUUGCAUUAAGUUCGGCAAAUUUGUACAAUGUGACAGAAUCUUCUCACACGGAAACGAAGAUCACUGAAGGUGUGAAUGACGUGGGCAACAAGGCAGAUCGCCGGAAUUAUGCCGUUCUGCAGGACUGGUUUGCGGCGCCGCCUCUGCUUCCAAUAUCUGUCGCUGCGUCCGAUAACUUCCGGAGCCCGCGCUGCAGAAACCAAAGCCAGCUCUUUCUGCAAGAGCUACGUAAUUUCACCUUAUGGGCUGUACAGAUGUUUGAUUCAGCAGCCAAGAUCCCAGUUGGCGUUCUGGCAGGAAAUCAGUACCACCUGGGACAUUAUGACGAGUGCGUGGAGAUCUCAGUGGACGUUGGAGAAAGGCUUGGUGGGACCCUGAAGGGACAGUACUGCUUGGCCGAAAUACAGAUUAACUCCUCUUUCUCAUCCCGAACUGACCCGUAUACCCUCAAUUACGACCCCAGAACAUCUGCCUGGGAAAAGAUUGCGUACAGACACGACCCUGCCAAAGUGAGACGUGACAUUAUACACUGGGCACUCUGCGUGCCGGCUUCCUGCUCUCCCGAGGAGUUACACAACGUUCUGAAACAGGAGCUCAGCAAGAUUGGCGGGUCUCAAGGCAUCCAGUUCACACCCCGGAUAUCGCAGGAUCUCUGUCAUACGCUGGACAAUGACGACCCCUUCUCGACGGGAGACAUAAUCUACCUGUUUAUUCUGGUUGCACUGAUAUUUCUGCUAGUGUCGAGUACAUGGUACGACUUCGCACUCUCCACUGAUCUACCUGAGAAAGGAGCAGAGUCGACUACGAAGAAACUGUCCAGGUUCGAGACGGCGUUCCUGUGUUUCUCAGCAAGGCGGAACUUGAAGAAGCUCACAAGCCACAACUCCAUUCACCCGGCUCUCGAUGCGUCUCAUGGAUCCAGACUCAUGUUCAUGUUAUUCAUUAUCAUGGGGCACAGGAUCACUACAUUUGGAGGGCACCCCAUAUUCAAUGCUGAGACCGAGGAAAGGCUGUUCCAGAAUGCACCAGCCAUGCUCCUUGCUAAUGGCCCUGUCAUUGUGGAUGGUUUCUUCGCACUAAGUGGAAUUUUGUUGUCGUAUCCCUUACUCGUCCACCUGGCCAAAACCGAACGCAUCAACAUAGUAAUGCCAAUAUUCGUGCGCUUCAUUAGGUUGACACCCUCAUACAUGAUGCUAGUGUUCUUCCAUGCUACUCUACUCCCCCAUAUGGGGUCAGGCCCCUUCUGGGACUCUACGGUGGGGCUUGAGCAACGACGAUGUGCGACAAACUGGUGGUCGAACCUCUUGUACAUUAACAACUAUGUCAAUGUUGGUGAUAUGUGCAUGUUCCAAUCGUGGUACUUGGCGGCCGACUUCCAGUUGUACAUCGUGUCUCUACUGACGGUCUGCGCUAUCUGGCGCUGGCCUCGACUGGGCUACACAGUUCUGGGGACACUCAUGGCACUCUCAACCAUCAUUCCGUUUGUCCUCGUUUAUCAGAACGAGGCGGCACCGCUCCUCUAUCCCUAUCCGGAAAAUAUCAGGGACGUGAGAGCCAGUUGGUACUUCCAGUCUAUAUAUGUGGCAACGCACAAUAGAGCUGCACCGUACGUGGUCGGUGUCAUUAUUGGAGUGUUGCUCUAUCAGCUACGGGACAGCAGCCACAGACUCGGGAAGCUGCUGUCUCACAUCGCCUACCUGACGUGUGUGUGGGGCUUAGGCAUCGCUAUACUGAUGUCCGUGUACGUGUUCUUCAUCCCAGGGCGGCCCUACAACGCGUUGGAAGCAGCACUAUAUGGAUCCCUUCAUCGCAUUGGCUUCGCUUUGGCCGUGGCGGGUUUCUUCGUCCUCAUCACUUGGGGACAGAUAGACAUAUAUCAGAGGUUCUUCUCAUCAAAACCCUUUGUUGUGCUCAGCCGUCUUACAUACGGCGCGUAUUUGGCACACACAAUGGGCCAGCUGUAUGACCAGGGAAGUCUCCGAGUGCCACGAUAUCUCUCAGCUUAUACAGGGAUGUGGUUAACGUUUGGUGACGUCACAUUUGCGUUCGGUGUGUCUCUCUUCCUGCUGUUGCUUGUCGAGGCUCCUUUCAGAUCUAUAGAAAAAAUUGUGUUCGGAAAGAAAUAUAAGUGAUAAAUUUAAAUCUUAUUUAUUAAACAAGAGAAGGAAGUCCGUCCUAAUCAACAGCUAAGGUGAAGCUGUUCAUUUUCCUUCACUGUUCAGUAAAGGUUUUGCUCCUGCAUAUCAGUUCAUAGUCUCCUGGUAGUAUGCAAUCAGACACGAAUAGGUAGAAUUACAAUGCAUAUGCUGGACACACUUGCCUACUUCGCUUUGGUUACGUGUAGUAGGCCUAAGCAUGACAAUAACAAACAAUAUGCAUUGAUGCGCCUGUUGCUUUCGAGUGGAUACUGAGCAUUCUGCUCCAUAAUAUUACUAAUAUCGAUUAUAUUGUUUUUCCAUAGAACGUGAAAACUCUGAUCCAGUUAUCAUUUUUAAGAUCUGUUCAAUUCGAUCGAAAGGUCAUUUUUAUGAAAUUAUCAAAACUGGAAAAAAAAAAUUAUGGUGAGGAGAUACUUAAUUACCUUGUAAAUGCUGGCAACGCUAAUGCUUAUACUGAUUAUAAUAGAUCGCCUUCUUUACAGGAAUAUAGUAGCAGAAAAAUUUUUAAACCGUUUUCUUGAGCCAUCAGAACCUUUUCGACUUCUUGAUUUUUCUUGUUUCCGAUUUAAUAAUAGUAUGCUGUUCGUCAGAUAGAGGCAUAGUAGCUUAAUUGAGAGAAAGAGAGAGAGAGAGAGACAAUGAGUGUUAUUACUCCCAAAUUUAGGUUUGUGCCAUCAAACACAAUUUCGCACAAUUUAAUUUCCAUGCAUUUGAUAACACUGUAAUGCAUUAAGUUAAUUAGGAGAAGGCUAAACACUGGAACAAAAGCAAAUAUACUAGCAGUGUACACGCUUUCAUGCACUUAUACAUUUAACAUAUAUACAUAGAAACAUGCAUCUAUACAUAUAUACAUAAACCUGACCUUUAUGAGAACAAUCAACACUAAAAUGUUGUGCGAUAAGAAAUAUUUUAUAUUUUCAUUUUUGUACGGACAUUUAUCAAAUGUAAAGCAAAUUAUUUUGGGAAUCCUACAGAAACGAACAAACAGAAAAUACAAAAGUAAUAGAACGGACCAAAAAUAUAAGUAAAAAAAUAAACAUAUACCUCCCCCACCAGAGCAUAAAACCAGGGUUUAAGUAGAAUAUGGGACACACACAGAAUGAGGGAGAUGAGCCCCCCCCCCUUACUUCAGACAUGAAUACAGCAAAGGAAAAAUUACACGUAGUAAAGAUACAAUGACAAGACAAUUGCCACAAAAUAGGUUAAGAGCGCUAUUUAGGGAAAGAAAAGGUAUUUAUUAGAAGAAAAUAAUCUCUAAUCAAAUAAACCAAUAAGUAUAAUUAUAGAAAAUAAAAGAGUCUCACAGCAGGUUCGAUAUGAAUUCAAUAUUUCAGUCCUAUGACGAAAGACGAGCUACGCGAGACCAUGCGAGCACUCAACAAUGGUAUAUUGUACUCAUUGUUUCAAUUUUAUUGUGCCAUUAUCCACAUUUUAAUCCGUUAGUUGGAAUGUUGGAUUUUCAGCCAUUUUGAGUGAUUGAUGAGUUCUUAUUAUUUGCAUGUUAGCUGAUUGUGUUGUGCGAUAGAGCAACAUAGACUAAUCGUUUAAAGUAAGCAACAAAGUCUGGAGUACUACAUUUGAUUUGAAAAGGUAAUAUGUCGCGGAGAUAUGUUUUCUUUUCCUUUCCAACUCCAAGACAGAAUUGCUCAGUACUUCUACAGAUGGUGUGUAAGUUGUUACCUGCUUCCUUAAUAAACUACCAUGAAAUGUACUGUUCAUGUUUCAAUAGAAAUGAUCAUAUUAUAUUCGUAUAUUGUUAAAUAAUUACUCAUGAUUUUGACAAUAAGUUUAAACACUGACAACAGUAGUUCUGAUAUCGAUAAACUUUAUGGAAAUAAAAGAAGAAAAGUUGUUCUUAA